GGGUGAAUGCGCUCACCACGGCCAUUCUACCAAAUUGACCAUGCUGAUGAAGCGCGAACACCCGGCCGACACGCUCCACGCCGGACCGUCCAAGCGCGCCAAGGCCGAGCCCGCGUCCUCGCUCAUGUGGAGCUCGAUUCCGCCGCUCGCCAAGCUCACGCUCGCCUUCUCUACCGUCCUCUCGCACCAGGCCAAGGCCCUCGACGUGCUCCAAGCCACGCGCGAGUGGGACGUGGCGCGCAACCUCCUCCUCAAGACCGAAGUCACGCGCAAGUACAUCGCCAAGGAGCGCCAGCGCUACAUCGUCGCGAUGAAUGCGCUCCGUGGUGCCCUCGAGCCGCCGGCGCCCAAGCGCUCGGCCAAGUCGGUGCGAUUUUCCCCCGUGGCCACCGUGUGCGUCGCCCCGGACGUGGACCGAUCGAGCCCGGUGACGGAGCCGCCGUCCAUGGAAGAGCUCCUCGUCAUCAAGGCUGUCGGGCUCCGCGGCAUUCCGCGCCAAAACUUUUCCGAGCUGUGGUGACCGUGCAGACAGAAUGCGCGCGUCUUAUUUAUUCUUAUCGUCACUGCCUCUCGAGCAGUACCAACGCCUCUCUGUGCUAUCUCGUAUGUGCGCUCAAUAUAACCAACCGGCGCCCUUUGUCU